UCGGUUAUCAUCGCCCCAAUAAAGAAUCCUAUUAGCCAGAAAACUAAGAGUUUAAUGAACAAGAGGCUUGGAAGGAAAUCAAGUGUAGGGAUUUCCAAAGAUGCUAAAAUAGUAUCCCCUUUACAGGAAAAGCUAAAGCAGAAGAGGAAAAGCACAUAUUUCCCACCACAAGAUAGUCUUCAGCAAAUAGAUUGUCCUAAUAAGUUCAGGAAGAUGAUCCAAAAUGCGAUGAACCAAAAUAGGUAAAUCGAUCCGUGAAAUGAACAGAGAUGACUUUAUUAAAAUAAUGAGAAAGUUUGGAUACCAAAUUAACCAAUUACAAGCGAUCGAGGCAUUCUUAGAAUUUCAAGGUUCUCCUCAUGAACCAUCCAGGAAGGCUGAUUUCAACCGGCUGCUAAAAUGGCUAGAGCAUAAUAUUCAUAGAAUUAGUACCGUGAAAAGUUCUCGAUCAAAGGUGUCUUUAGAAACCGAAAAUAAAUCAAAAUAAAACAUCAAUUCUCCAAAAAUUGUCAAAGAUUACAAACUAUGCGUCUCCAUCAGGACUGGAGAACAUUCAAGAAAUUCCUACUGAAAAGGGGAGCUCACGGAUUCCUCAAUUUAGAGUAGACAGUGGAAUAAAGUUAAAAUAACUUAGCAAAAGUAGAGCCUCUUCUUGAAAACGAAGAUUAUUUUCUCUCUAGUCCAGACAUCUCCACUUGUAAAACACAUAAGGGAAAAUCUGCUAAGAAGAAUAGGAGUAUCUGCUUUACUCCAGAUGUAAAAUUUAAUGAUCAGCCAAAGUUCAGCCUCAAUCCAGGCUAUUUUGGAGAAAUACACUAUGAACAAGAUGGGCACCAAGACCCCAAUUAUCCUAUUAAACUCCGAAGGAAGCAGAAGAAGUAUGCACAGAAAGGGGUUGAGAUGGCAAAGAAGAGAGUUCAGGAGUAUAACCAGCCUGAUGAUCACAGCCAACAACUCAUUUACAAAGGCGUAAAAUCAAAAAGAAAGAGUACUUAUGAGAAAAAUGUACAAGCUUUAGUGAAUGUCACUGCUGUGCAGUUCACUGGUAUCUCUGCUGCAAGGCUACAGCAUCUCUUGACCAGAAGGCCCAGGGAAGAGUAUACCUUGAAGAGAAAUUUUAAGUGGGAUUUCCAUUAAAGAUGUAAACUAUAUGUCAGAGAGAAAUUUG